GCACACCAAAGGUUUCCUCCCUUGCAGACUAUGGGAAUAGUCUAUUGCAGUACUGUAGUGCCCUCUGAUGACGUUACAGUAGUUUACCAAAAUGGGUUACCGGUGAUAUCUCUGAGUCUUCCUUCUCGUCGUGAACGCUGCCAGUUUACACUUAAGCCUCUCUCAGACUCCGUUGGAGUAUUCUUACAGCAACUCCAGGCAGAGGACCGGGGAAUUGAUCGAGUUGCAGUUUAUUCACCAGAUGGGACACGAGUAGCAGCUUCCACAAGCAUAGAUCUCCUACUUCUUGAUGAUUUCAAACUAGUAAUUAAUGACUUGAGUUACCAUGUUCGUCCACCAAAGAGAGAUCUCUUAAGCCAUGAAGAUGCCACCACAUUGAAUGAUGUGAAGACCCUGGUUCAGCAGUUAUAUACCACACUGUGUAUUGAAGAACACCAGCUGAAUAAAGAGAAGGAAUUGAUUGGGAGGUUAGAAGACCUCAAGCAGCAAUUGGCACCCCUGGAGAAAGUUAGGAUGGAAAUCUGCAGAAAAGCAGAGAGGAGGACCACCUGGCUACUCUGGGGCGGGCUGGCUUACAUGGCCACCCAAUUUGGAAUUUUGGCUCGUCUCACCUGGUGGGAAUAUUCUUGGGACAUUAUGGAGCCAGUCACUUACUUCAUCACGUAUGGCAGUGCCAUGGCAAUGUAUGCAUACUUCGUAGUAACACGUCAGGAAUAUGUAUAUCCAGAUGCUAGAGACAGGCAGUACUUACUAUUUUUCCAUAAAGGAACCAAAAAGACACGUUUUGAUCUAGAAAAAUACAAUCAACUCAAGGAUGCUAUUGCUCAGGCAGAAUUGGACCUUAAGAGGCUUCGAGAUCCCUUGCAGGUGCAUCUACCCGUCCAACAAAUCAGCAAUAAAGACUGAUCAGCAGGGGACCUCUGUAUCUUGGCAGAAAAGUGGCAGAUCUUUUCUAGCUCUUGCCUCUUUAAUCAGAAAGCAUUUCAGGUGGAAGCUGGGAGGUCUUCUUGGGUUGAAGGGUUUUUUAAUAAUUAAAACAAAGACCUUGACAGGGGAGGGGGUAAUGUGUUCAAUCAAAAAAAAUAA